UAGGGGACGAGAUGUUUUAACGGGAGUAGGCGACAGUGGAAAUGUAAUAAUGUUAUAAUGAUAAUAAAUAAAUGAAAGAACGUACAUUUUUUGUUAAAGACGUUGUUUUUUAGCCGUAAAGUGACAUUUUUGAAACCGUUAGUUUAACGCUGAACCGGAAAUCACCAGCGUUUGUUAAAUUUCAUGGACAAAGACAAGUGUAGCGACAUUCGUGCUCCGUGCUCCUGGAUGGAGAUGCAUCAGUUCAUUGGUGACCUCAUCGUAUCUGGAAACACCUUGAAGGAUCAGCCAGAGAUGCUGAACACAGCAUGGGGCGUGGCUACUGGAGGUGGAGGUGGUGGUGGUGGUGGUGGUGGAGGUGAUGCUCUGCGGUUCAAAGGUGCGUCGCUUGAACUUCUACAACAACCUCGACCUGUCCCUGAUAAGUCAGAGGCGGAGCCACGCCGGUACAUCCAGCCCGGGGCAUCACAGCUGAAGGGACAGGCCAGAGAAAGGAGAGAGGAUGUGCAUAACGCCUGCACCUGCCCUGGCUGCCCUUACUCCACAUCUCCACCUUCCUUUGAGACUUUGAAACCCAGACAAUCCACACCCCAAAACUUGGAUGCAGGAUGCCAGCCCAAAGACCUGAGCAGCACGGCUCCAAUGAGCCUCAGCAUGUGCUUACCUGACACAACUGAACCAAGCAGCACCUCGCCUGAGCAAGAAACCAGGGUGGCUGGUGGAAUGCAGAGGGAGGAUGCAGACAGAGGGACUCAGAGUCCAGAUCAGACUCCUCCGUCCUCUAACUCCCUGUCCCACCUCUCCAUGUUCCCCUGCUUGUGUUGCCAUCGCAGCCUACAAGCCUGUACCCAGAUACUGAGUCACCAGGAGGACACAGACUCCCCAUUCUCUCAUGCUCACGCCCAUCAUCAUUUCCAUCACCACCACUGUCCCAUCACCUCCUGUCUACCCUGCCCUCAGCUGGCCCGCUCUCAUGCUCCACAGCUCUCUGGACCCUUUCCCUGCUUGUCCUGCCAGCGCCCCUUUCCCACCUGUACUCAGGUCUGCCACCACCAGCACAGACAAACACACACUCAGCAGCAAGAGGAAAGAGCUAGGACGUCGGUGUUGUCGCUGCAUCCCUGUAUGCACUGCUCUGCCUCUUUCUCUAGACCGUCCCAGCUGCUGCAGCAUCAGCGCUCUGAGCAUGCCCACAAACCAUCCGGCUUCCUCUGCACAGAGUGCGGCAGGGCCUUCAACUCACACAGCAACCUCCGCAUCCACCUCAAUGUGCACACUGGCGCCCGGCCCUACUCCUGCUCCGACUGCGGGAAGAGUUUUAGUCAGUCGGGGGCUCUGAAGAUCCACAGGCGUAUUCACACAGGUGAGAGGCCAUACUCCUGUGGAUUUUGCGGCAGGGGGUUUCCCCAUCUGGCAGGGGUCCGGGCCCAUCAGAGGACCCACACAGGAGAGAAGCCCUACUCCUGUAGCCAGUGUGGGAAGUGUUUCACCCAGUCAGGUGCUCUGAAGAUCCACAUGCGCAUCCACACAGGAGAGAGGCCCUUCAUCUGCAGCUUCUGUGGGAAAGGCUUUUCCAACCGCUCCGGGAUUCGCUUCCACUACCGCACGGUCCAUGGACUGGCCCCUGAACAUGCUGGAGAGGCUGAAGCCGGGGAUGCAUAUCGGGGACCAGCAGGAAGUGCUAAUCCACCUGGGCGUCCCAGGACUUUCCCUCCAACCAGCGUUGGGCUGAAUACAUCCAACAGCACAGACACCAACUCACACAUAGCUCCAAACUCCAGAGAGUCGUCUGUGUCGACGGCUGCACGUCCUGGUGAUGUUACCAAAGCUCAGUCAGAGGGAGCAAACGCAGGCAGCAGCAGAGAGGGGCUCCUGUAUGUGUGUGAAGACUGUGGCCUGCGCUUUCAGGACGCCCCGUCCAGGAACAGACACCAGACUCUGAUGCACUACUCCUCUGAGGGGAGGGAGGAGGUGGAGGGGCAGAGGAAAGAGUUAAGCACAAACAAGAGAGGCUGUGAUAACAGUGGAGAGUGAAGAUGUUGUUGGUACAGUGUUGAAACACAAGUGUUAGAAUUAAGUGUUAUUUUCUGUCUUAAAAUGUUCUCUUUUCACUUUUAAAAGUCUUUGAUAGCGCACUACUUCUUUUAGAGCCACAGACUUCUAUAGAUUUUAAGGAGAAUAUCUUAUAUUUAGAUGCCCAAUCGUACCUGUGAACAGGUUUUUGAAUUAAUGACUUGAUAAAAGUUGUUACUUAAAGGGAAACACUGCCCAAAUUAAGAAUUCCAACAUGUUAUUCAGGAAAAAAUAAGGAGUGCUGCACUGGGUUAAGGUGGUUAAGGCAUUGUGUAGUUAGUUGUAAAAAAAAAUCAGGUGCUCUUCAAGGAGAGUCACAGAGAGCCACUUAAAGAUAAAAAACGAGUGGCUGGUUCAGUUUAUUAAUACAUGGAUAACCAAUGCCUUUCGACUAAAGAAUCUUUAUCAGGGUGUAAAAUGCAUUGGAAACAGAUGUGCAACUUAAGUCAUGUGACACAGGACACAUGAUGUACUGCUAUAGCCCCACUAGGCAAAAAAAACACACUGACAGAAAUGAAAAUGACAUAAAUGUACACUAUAAAUAAUUAGCACAUUUAGUAAGAAGAAAAAAGGUAUAAUGCCACAUAAAUACAGGAAAUAACAAUAAAAUUAAAUAAGAAUUGUUUUAUGUGACAAAAAGACAUCUCUAGAGUUGAGUUUGUUGUCUGUUCACACAUAUUGUUUCUUGUCCUUGUCAUACAUUUCUUAUGUAUUUCAGUUUCUGCUGCUCUAUGUGCAGGUUUGUCACAAUAUGUAACACAUUUUAUUUCAUUGUUGUUUCCUUUUUAUUUAUGUGGCAUUGAACCUUUUCUUUAUAACUAAAUAUGUUCAUUAUUUACAGUACACAUUUAUGUCAUUUUCAUUUGCAACAUGACCCUCAUAUGAGCUCUUAGAUUGCACAUCUGUGUCCAAUACAUUUUACACCUUGAUGAAGACUCUUUAGUCGAAAUGCACUGAUUAUCUGUGUAUUAAUAAAGGAUUUUUAACUACAAUCAAAGCGCCUCAGGUGCAUUUUUGGACUGUACUAUGGGCUUCUACACUGAGUGAGCUGGCUAGUCUUUUUUUUUUUUUUAUCUCCAACAUGCUAUUCCCAUGACCUAGUGAAGCUCAAUCAAUAUUUGCGAACAUAAGCGACACUCUCUCAAAGCCAGAAUCCACAGAAGUACGUCUCAGUAUUCAGUGUGAAGCUGCUCCAUAGAGUAUGAAUGGGAGACUGAUUUUUGGAUCCAGUUUUCUUUUUUAUACUUAAAUAAGCUUUAUUCUAUUGUAGUGUUCUCAGUUGUCAAACAGAAAAUGUGCCCAUAUUCUCAGAGCAUUCCCCCGGCUGCUCUCAGUGUCAAUGGGUAAAUUUCCCAUUAAAUAUUUGUGGACAUUUUCUGUCAGUGAGGACUCCAGCCGCCUGUUUGUGCAGAUUCAUCACUGCUACAGGUUUUAAAUCUAUUUUAAAACAGCCUCCUCCAACAUUGCUGCUGCAAUUACACACCAGGCCAAUGUCUAAAUUAUUUUAUAAAACAGUUUUUUUAUUGUGCCUUAUUCAACAGUGGAAAAGGUUAGGGAAUUCAUCGCCAAAUGUGACAUCAUAAAUCUUGUAAAAGCUUUUGUAGAAAAUUAAAUGACAUUUUUGAGGGGGUUUAGUAACAUUUUCAGAUAUAACGGAGGACUAACAGUCACCUGACCCUUAUUAUAUAAAAUGUAAAAGGAAAAAGUACAAUUUUCUAUCUUCUUCCUUGCCUCUAAGCGUGGACAACAGCAGUAUCACAUCAAUUUGUUUAAAUGAAGGCAUUUAAUCUGUUUAAGACCUAUAUUUUCCAGACAAAAUUAAAGAACCCAAUGGACUUUAGAUGGCAGAGAAAAUUAAAGAGCACAGAGUUAAUUGAAAUGAAGUUGCUGUUGCCGUGGCAAAGCCUGACAAGUUUUAAUGUUUGUGUUGACCGGAGCAUUCAUCCAUGUAAAGGAAAGUCCCCCAUCUUAAUCAUGACACCGCUGUGCCUGCUGUGCCUUUCUGUGUUAAACUGCAACCCAAGCAUUUAUUUCAAACCAAUGUUUCUUUGUUACUGUGUUAUAAAUAGCUGAAACUAUCUGAGGAGUGAGAACCAGCAAAGACUUAAUCCAUUACUGUUUAAAGCUCAAGAGAGCCACCUAGUGGUUACACAUAAUCAUAGCAACAAUCUUAAUCACUUUGUUACAGUGUACCAUUUAUAGUGCUUCUUUUUUUAAGCAAAACAUGUUGAAAUUAUACAUUGUGAGUACAAUGUUUUGUGAGGACAAGUAACACAUUCACACCACUUCUUUGCAUUAACCUGUUAAAUACAAUGAAGCAUACAUCUCUGUAUGUGUUUUCUGAAAGUGCAGCUUGUGGUUAAACAUUUCAAUAAACAGUAUCUCUGAGACACGA